UGAAGACAAAUAGAACCUCAGGACCUGAACUUCUCCCAUCAAAACUAAGACCAAUGGAGAUGAACAGACAAGAUCCUCUCAGUCUUUUAGAUCUUGCAACACAGAGCCUGCUAAGUGAUGAAGACUCGGCUGUGCGUGCUCUGGAAGAGCUCCCCGUGGGCCUCUUCCCAGUGCUGUCCACUGCAGCUUUUGAUGGGGGACACAUAAAGACUGUAACAGCAAUGGUCCAAGCGUGGCCUUUUCACUGUCUCCAUCUGGGAUCACUAAGGGAUCAAUCAAUAACUCAAGACCUAUUAGAAGCUGUAAUAGAUGGGCUGGAACAAGUUUCUACCAACACUGCUUGUCCCAGGAAAUCAAAGCUAAAGGUGCUGGAUUUCACCCAUGAUUUUGAGCACUCCAACUGGGAAGAAUGUUCUGAGACCUCUCCUGCACCCUUUGUUAUCACACACACGCUGGAAGAGACAGAGCAACCCACAAUCAGUUCCAGAGAACAGUGUCAGUGGGACCGAGAACCUGUGGAGAUUCAUGCGGAUCUGUUUCUUGGUGGUUUGUUCGGUUUCUUCCACUUGUCUGGGUUCCCCUCCUACAUACUGCAAAGAGUAGAGAAGAGUCAUGGUUGUCUGCGACUCCACUGUCGGACCCUAGUCAUCAAUCAGGUGCCUUUCCGCAGCCUCGUGGAGAUUCUGGGAGUGCUGGAGCUGGAAGCCAUCCGAGAGGUCCGGCUCCAUCACAGAAGUGGGUUCUGUUUCGAAUCCGACCUAAUCCAGUUCUUCGCUCAGUUAGGGCAGAUGAGCAAUCUGGGCAACCUCAUCAUGAGUGACAUCCCCUGGGAUUUCCCAGCUGACACCUUCUCCCUGCUGAGUCCACUGGGCCACCUUCAGAAGCUCCACCUCAUCUUUGGUUACCUCUCAGGCCAGCUCUCUAAGAUGCUUGGUGGCCUGAAGAAACCGCUGGAGACUCUGGUGAUGAAUGGAUGUAGGCUUACUGAGAAUGAUAUCACCUACUUGGCCCAGAGCAUUCAUGCCACCCGACUGAAGGAAUUGGUCCUCUGCAGCAAUAACCUGUCUCAGAUGGUUCCUGGGCCCCUAGAGGUUCUGCUGGGUGAGGUGUCAGGCACCCUGGAGCACCUGAACUUGAGAAGCUGCCGGCUGAAGGAAGCCCAGCUCCAAGCCCUCCUGCCUGCUCUGUGCCGUUGUUCCCGCCUCCGCUCCCUCGUGUUCUAUGACAACGUCAUCUCCACCUCCGGCAUCAUGAAUGUGCUGCAGCACUUGGCGAAGCUGAAGAACCUGAAGCGUGUGCAGUACCCAGUCCCUGCUGAAUGUGUCGUGUACUUGGAUGAAUACAGGUGGGAGAACCUCAACAGGGUGGAACUUGCCCGGGUGCACACCAAGCUGCAGGAGAUGUUGCGGGCUCUACAGAGGACUGACAUGGAGCUGACUAAUUCUACCUCAAUGGUCUGACUUAUGGAAAGACACAGCUGACCUGACAGGGAAGACGAACAGCAGUGGACUUACUGAAGGAAAUGUGAGCUUUAGAAAAGUGCCCCUGAAUACUCUGGUGGUGACUGUCAUUUCUGGAAAGAGCUGGGGCUUGAUUUCUUUAUAAAGUUGACAAGCACUGGACUCUGCAAGGGUUUUUCUAAUGCUAGGGAUAAAAAGACAACUUCUCUUAG